UGCUAACUUGGGGGCCCUUUUGAUCACAGACAAGAAACAUGGCAUGUGUUUCUGUCUUACAUAGUUGGUCUAAAACUUGUUAUAUAUAAUGAAAGAAGCCUGUGGGAUUCUUCACCAAUCAAAACUUGCAUUCAAAGAGUUCUUUCUACAACACAACUUACAAACUCUUUGUCGUCUUUUCAGAUCUACAAAAUAUUUUCUUGAAAAGAAUGAUGAACACAAAGAAGCUUAUCAAGAUGGCCAAGAAAUGGCAACAGAGAGCAGCCCUACACAGGAAAAGGAUCUCAUUCCAAAGAUCAAGUACUGCUACUAGCUCAACCGCUGCAGAGAAGGGCUGUUUUGUGGUUUACACGACAGAUCGCACACGCUUUGCUUUUCCUAUAAGUUACCUGAGCAACUCUGUUUUCCAAGAGCUCUUGAAGAUAUCUGAAGAAGAGUUUGGCCUCUCCACGGACGGACCAAAUGAUGAACACAAAGAAGCUUAUCAAGAUGGCCAAGAAAUGGCAACAGAGAGCAGCCCUACACAGGAAAAGGAUCUCAUUCCAAAGAUCAAGUACUGCUACUAG